AUGGACCAUCCUCUUCGCACCCUCAAUCUUGACCUGGGCUCUCUCCAAAUUGGCUUCCUUGCCUCUGGCUUCCUCUUUGGUGCACUCACAGUGCAAGUCCUCAUCUACAACCGCAAGUUUGUACCAACAGAUUCGUGGCCGCUCAGGACUCUGGUCUUUGGGAUUUAUGUCCUCGAGCUGGGCCAACUGGGCUGCGUGAGCCAUGCCCUAUACUCGAUAACGAUAACGAGGUCUGGGGACAUAACGGCCAUGUUAAGCCCACCGAGAACAGUUGGAGUAUCGUUCUUACUCGGGAGUGCCGUCGGGCCAUUAGUAGAGGCAUUCUAUGUCAGUCGUCUCCUCCGCUUUUCUGGCAAGCUUUCUGUCGCUCUCGUGGGCUGGGGACUCGCCUUCGCUCGCUGGUGUGGAUGGGUGUUCAUUGCGGUGCACGUCAUUAUCACCCCCUCACUGUCCCGCUUCAUCGACACUUUUGGCUGGCUCCUAGCCAUGUUGCUUGGCAUGAGCGCCGUGAUCGAUUUGGCCAUCUCCGCCUGGAUAGCCUACUUCCUCGCACAACGACGUUCGCGUGCGAAAACUUCGACCAAGUUUGUCAGCUCUUCAUCAGCGGUUUCGAGGCUUAACCUCAACAGCGCGAGUGCUAGGCAAUUACUGGAUCGGGUCAUUCUAUGGACAUUGCAAACGGGUGUGAUCACCAGCCUGUCGUUCCUUGUCACCUUGGUCUGCUACCUCGUCUUGGGGGAAUACCUCAUUUGGAUGGCCGUUCUCGCCAUCUUGACGAAAGUCUCGUCCAACUCUUUUCUUGCAUCUCUCAACGCGCGUGCGUCCACGCAAUUACGACGACCAAACGACAUUCUAUCUCGAUCGCGGGGCCAAAGCGGCUCUCACCAUCCCGGAACUGCCAGCAAUCAGCUCAACACUGGCCAUUCGGUGGUCAACAACAUCAUCGAUCUGUACCAGCUUGGCUCGCGGCAGCAACCGGAGUGCGAGGAAACCGAAGGCGAUGCGGACUCGCAUUUUUACAUGCAGUCGUUGCACCGAAGCACGAGUCGGGCGUCGUUCACUGGCGCCAAUGGAGACGUUUAUGACCGGAGCGCAUUCAGUCCAGACGGCACGAUUGUGUCCGCCAAGUCUGCUACGCCAUCAAGACGAAGUGGUUAUUGGGCUCUGUGA